AUGCAAGCCUUGGAGAACCCGCCCAACGGGAGGCUGCAGUUUACGUGGCUGGGCCACUCGUCGUUGUUUUUGCAGGCUGACGGCGCCAAUAUCCUGCUGGAUCCGGUUUUGUCGGAGCGCUGCUCGCCGGUGCAGUGGAUUGGACCAAAGCGGUACACUAGAGCACCAUGCAAGAUUGCCGAGCUUCCACGAAUCGACGCCGUCGUGCUUUCGCAUAAUCACUACGACCAUCUGGACUGGAACACGCUUACAGAUGUUGUGAGGCAGUAUCCGGAUGUGCAGGUGUUUGCGCCGCUCGGCAAUCAGCCAAUUCUAACGUCCAUUGGAUUCAGGCAUAUCACCACCAUGGACUGGUGGGACGAGCUCGAGGUGACGCUCAACAACAGCACGUUCAAGCUGGCGUGCACCCCGGCGCAGCACGCUACAAACCGCGGGCUGCUUGACCGGUUCGCCACGCUAUGGGCCAGCUGGGUCAUCGUGGCUCCGUCGGGCGGCAAGUUCUUCUUUUCCGGCGACACGUCGUACUCGGCACUGGUCGGUAACCCGACGGGUGCUUACUGCCCGGCGUUUGAGCAGAUUGGACAGGUGUAUGGUCCGAUAGACCUGUCAGCAGUUGCGAUUGGCGCAUAUGGCCCGGAGAAGGUGUUUUCAGGCGUGCAUGUGUCGCCGGAGCAGGCGGUCAAAAUCCACGAGGCAAUCCAGUCGCGCCGCUCCAUCGGAGUCCAUUGGGGGACGUUCGUUCUGACCGACGAACCCGUAGACGAGCCACCACACAGGCUUGACGCAGAGAUGCUGGCUCGCGGACAUGCGAGCAGCGAGUUCACUGUGAUAAAAAUUGGCCAGACAAUCGAUCAAGGUAUCCAGAACUAG